AUGGCUGAGAGGGCUGCUGAUUGUCUGGCCAAACUUGGGCUUGAUUCUCAACACACAACUGCAUCUAGUUGUAUCAGUUCAAGUGAUACAUCUAAUAAAGACUUGACUACUUCUUAUUGCCAUAGAAGAUCUCGAAGUCUACGAGAACGUACUGGUGUCGAUCAACGUUUAGAGCGUUUGCCUAGUGGCCCAGUGUCUGGUCAAAAGCUUGUACUUCAUACCGUUUUACCCAAUGCGAGUAUAGAUAAAAGCCGACCAGUCGUCAUUGCCGAUUUUCCUGAACAUGUUCGUUUGAUGUCAGCAGAUUCAGAUUUCCGUUUUUCCGAAGAAUAUGAUGACCUAAAAUUAGUUGGUUAUGGUCAAACUUGCAUAGCAGCUGAUUUGGCAGCAAAUCGUGCCAAAAAUCGUUUCACAAAUAUUUUGCCUUAUGAUCAUUCAAGAGUCAAAUUAUUACCUAUAGAUGAUGAAGACGGAUCGGAUUAUAUCAAUGCAUCAUAUAUACCUGGCUUCAAUUCUCGUCGUGAAUUUAUCGCUGCACAAGGUCCUUUACCAUCCACUCGUGAUGAUUUCUGGAGGGUUGUUUGGGAGCAACAAUGUCCUGCGAUUGUAGCUUUAACGAAGUGUGUAGAAAAGGGUCGAGAUAAAUGUCACCAAUAUUGGCCUGAUAAUGAUCAGUUAAGCGUACUUUAUGCUGAUAUUGAGGUAACUUUAAUGAAUGAAGUUAUCUUCGAUGAAUUCAUUGUUAGAGAUUUACAAUUAACGAAUAUGGCGGAGACAAAAUGUGUCCCACGAAUCGUUCGUCAUUUUCAUUAUAUAGCAUGGCCUGAUUUUGGUGUACCAGAAAAUGCCUCUGGCAUCGUCCAAUUCGUUCGAGUAUUUAGGCAUCGUUUACCACCGCUUUUUUCGAAUAAACCAACAAUUGUACACUGCAGUGCUGGCGUUGGUCGAAGUGGCACAUUUAUAGCACUUGAUCAUCUUCUACAGUCCAUUAGUUUUAACCGUCCUCUCGAUGUAUUUGGUAUUGUAUACGAUAUGCGAAUGGAGAGGUGUCACAUGGUGCAAAAUGAACAACAAUAUAUCUUCAUUCACCAUUGCUUGCUUUACGUGCUAGAGAAGGAAAAUCCAUCAUUAUUUUUCCAUUCAUUUGCCAGCAUUAACGGUGAUAAAUUCGUGUCGAAUAAUAUUAAUCAUCUUUUACCAAAUGGAACUCGAAAUAGCUGUAGUACUUUCAACACUUUCAUGGUUAAUCCACCUUCAGCCAGCCAUCAAAUAGUAUCUCACUGGAGUCAAACUCCAAAAAUUGAAGUGCACCAAAAUCUCGCAUUUGAAGAUGAUGAAGGAAUUGCCGAAUCUGGUUUAUGA